AGAAAGCUCAUUAAUAGCGACCUUGUGUUAAUCGGCGGUUUGAAGAUCUUCCAUACUAUAAUUUUGUAAGUUUAGUUAACGUGAAUCAUCGAAAGGUGCUGUGGUUUUAUGUGAAAAGUAUUAAUGUUGAAAAUUUAAACAAAUUAUAAAUAUAGAAUGGCAGUUAUGAAGGGUCACUUAUUAAUCCAGGCAUUUUUCCUAUGUGUGUUAGCGAUAUAUGUCACAAAGGGUCUACAAUCAGAUGAGCUUACACAAUACGAGACCAGGAACAGUCCUCCACUUGCAAGAGCUGAAAGAGCUACUAAAACGACACCAAGGCCAGGUUUUUUCAACACAUUGUUUUCCGUCCUGUAUGAACAAUGGGAUGAUACAAGAAAGACCUCGGGAGCAGUUAGCAAAGCGGUUAACGAUAAUUUCCUUCCAGAAGGGAAAAAUGGUGCUACACCACCUCCUACCGUUGUUAAUGGAACGACAACAGAAGAAACACGAAUAACGAGAACAGAAUUACAAAAAAUUUUACUCAGAAAUCUAAGAGGAAUACAGAAAUUGUUCCAGGUCGAAUUAAACGAUGCAUUAAAAGAAUCAAGGAAAACUUACCAAGACUUUAACAAAAAUGUAUCAAGAGAAAUGCUAAAAUUCCUUUAGAGAAGCUAGAUUAAGAAGUCUGGUAUUGUGGUGAUAGAUCUUAGUCAAUAUUUUAUAAAACAAAUUGUAUAUAUACCAAAUAAUAAGUAAUUAAAGUUUAAAAUACAUAUUUUCACAAA